GCUGCCAGGAAGAACGCCAAGAAGUUCUGGGACGGGGCCGGCGGCCAGCGAGCGAGUCGCGCGCUGCUCCUGUGGGGCGGCUCCAGGCAGGGAUAGAGCCUUGAGGAUGGCAGCGGAAAUGGAAGCCAGCCAUGUCCAUUCCAUGUUCGAGUUGGCAGAAGUAAAUGAUGGCAAACCAAAGUGUCAUCCUAGAAUCUUCCUGGAGCCUGUAGAAAACCACACCAGCGUCAAGGCAUAUGUGAUGAAUAAAGUGAAGAAAGCUUGCAGCUGCACUCCAGCUAGAGCCAAAGACCAGAUCUACAGUCUCCUCCCUGUGCUGAAGUGGCUCCCCAAGUACAAUCUGAAAGAGAACCUCUUGGGAGAUGUUAUGUCUGGUCUGAUUGUGGGAAUCUUGCUGGUUCCACAAUCCAUUGCUUAUUCUCUGUUGGCGGGCCAGGAACCUAUCUAUGGUCUGUACACCUCCUUUUUUGCCAGCAUUAUUUAUUUCCUGUUUGGGACAUCCCGUCACAUCUCUGUUGGCAUUUUUGGUGUACUCUGCCUAAUGGUUGGAGAAGUGGUAGAUCGUGAACUACAGAGAGCUGGAUUUGAUUUGGAAUCUGGUGCUCCAAGCAGUUAUCAUUCAGAAAUGAGUGUUCUUGUAGCUAACAGCACACUGGGGCUUGUGAACCAGACAUCACAAGCAUUAUGUGAUAGAAGUUGCUAUGCAAUUACUGUUGGUGCCACUGUGACUUUCAUAGCUGGAGUUUAUCAGGUUGCCAUGGGCUUCUUCCAGGUGGGCUUUGUUUCUGUGUACCUCUCUGAUUCCUUGCUCAGUGGAUUUGUUACAGGAGCUUCCUUCACAAUCCUCACUUCACAAGCCAAAUACCUCUUGGGCCUAGACAUUCCUCGGAGCAAUGGCAUUGGCUCCUUUGUAACCACCUGGAUAAACAUAUUCAGAAACAUCCACAAGACCAACAUCUGUGAUCUCAUCACCAGCCUUUUAUGUCUUCUUGUUCUCAUCCCAACUAAAGAGCUAAAUGAGCGGUUCAAGUCCAAACUCAAGGCUCCCGUGCCUAUGGAGCUACUGGUGGUUGUGGUAGCUACACUAGCAUCUCAUUUUGGCAAACUGAAAGACAAGUAUGGUUCAAGUGUAGCUGGACACAUUCCAACUGGCUUUCUGCCACCACAGCCACCAGACUGGAAUCUGAUCCCCAGUGUGGCUAUGGAUGCGGUGGCCAUAGCCAUUAUUGGUUUUGCCAUCACUGUGUCUCUGUCUGAGAUGUUUGCCAAGAAGCAUGGCUACACUGUUAAAGCCAACCAGGAAAUGUAUGCCAUUGGUUUCUGCAAUAUCAUCCCCUCUUUUUUCCACUGUUUCACAACCAGUGCAGCUCUUGCCAAGACGCUUGUCAAAGAGUCAACAGGUUGUAGGACUCAGAUCUCUGGUGUGGUGACUGCCUUGGUCAUCUUGCUUAUCCUUCUUGUGAUCGCUCCUCUGUUCUACUCUCUCCAAAAGUGUGUCUUAGGUGUUAUAACCAUUGUCAAUCUCAGAGGAGCCUUGCGGAAAUUUGGUGACCUGCCCAAAAUGUGGCGGUUAAGCAAAGUAGAUACAGUGAUCUGGGUAGUCACCAUGUUGUCUUCAGCACUGAUAAGUACUGAAGUUGGACUUCUGAUUGGGGUGUGCUUCUCAAUGCUAUGUGUCAUUCUGCGGACUCAGAGACCAGAAGGACAACUACUGGGCUGCGUGCCAGCAUCUGAAAUAUAUGAACCUCUUCUCGCCUACAAGGACCUUCUGACAAUGCCAAGCAUCAGAAUUUUCCGUUUUGAAGCACCACUCUACUAUGCAAAUAAAGAAUGCUUCAAAUCCAUGCUGUACAAGCAGACUGGCGUCAACCCUUUGUGGGUGCUGGCGGCAAAGAAAAAGGCAGAAAAGCAAAAGUUUCAUGAAGAAAUGGCCAAUUCUAAUGGAAACCAGGCAGCUGUCUCAGUGCAGCUUGUCACUCAGCCAUUGGAGUUCCAUACUAUAGUGAUUGACUGCUGUGCAGUGCAGUUCUUAGAUACUGCUGGGAUCCAGACGUUAAAAGAAGUUCACAAGGAUUAUGGGGAAAUAGGCAUCCAGGUACUGCUGGCUCAGUGCAGUCCUUCUGUGAGGGAUUCUCUAAACCGAGGGAAGUAUACUAAAAAGGGAGAGAAAAAUCUCCUCUUUCAUAGUGUGAACCAAGCUGUGGAAUAUGCAUUAUGUGCUUACGGGCAGAAUGGGUGCUAUGACUCUGAAGCCUAGUGUAAGAUUCUGUGCUGAAUAUUUGCCAAAUUCAUAUAUCUGUGUGUUAAUGCUGGGCAUACACUCACACAGAUAUAAAGGGCUACAUCUAUCCAUAUGAUACUGAUUGUACAAAAUAUAAACAAAUGUGUUAUAUCUGCUGUGUUGGAUAGCACAUAGAAUUUAGUAGUGACUAAUGACUGAUAGUGUGUGUAGCCUGUUCAUGGCAAACAUUAAGAACAAAUAUUCUUAAAGCUCUCUUUCUCCUCUUGAUGUUUACCGUGUACCAAAUUUUUUUGUCUCCCAUGACAACUCAGACUUGGGCUUGAAUAGACAGCACCAUCUUUCUGGAUGGCACUUUGCCCUGAAACAGUAAAUGUCAUUUUAUUUAUUUGAUCCCUCUCCACAGUUCUGAGCAGGCAGAGCAAUUUGCAUUUUGCCUACUUCUAAAAUUACUGAAAACAGGCGUGUUGCUGAGUUUGACUUGUUUAAAGCCAAGUGCUUUAAAAAUUUUUUUUAUUCAUUUAUGUCAUUUAUAGUCCGCCUUUCUCACUGAGACUCACUAAUCUCACACUGAGAUUACACAGUGUGAGAUUAGUACAGUCAGUUUCAAGGACAUUUUAAUAAACAAUGCUAUGGGGUAAAUAAACACAGUUUUACAAAGACAUAGCAUUAGUAAGAAUCCAAUACAGAGUUGAAGAAAUGCUGAAACAGAAGAUAAGCAAUUCUAGGGCUGACAUUAGACCACAUGAAGCACAAGUAGCUCAUAGGAGCACAUAAGUGCCUUUACUAAAAUGCUAAACAAAGGAUAAGGUACCCAAGUUUUAGCAAUUUUAUACUCAUUUUAAUAAUGUUCUUUUUAAUGUACGAAGCAAAUUGUAUAUUUGAAAAUCUUUGGAAACCAAAGCAGUAACCCUUCUAUUAAGAAGAACAAUGGAAUGCAGCUAUAGGGUCAUCGAAGUGAACUUCAGGGUGGCUUACAAGUAGUUUCCCAGUGCUGAAGAAGCAGAGAGAAAGUGUCUCUGGCAGCUGGCUGUAGGUUACUGCAUAAUGUGGAAGGAUUCUGUAGAUUAAGACUUGCAUUGCACAUCUCAGUGUAUGUGACUCAAAAAUGUCUUUGCAUAAACAAGAGCUUGAGUUUGUUUUCAAGUUCCCAUUAGGUGUGUAAAAUGCAAACAACUAAGACUGAAGCGAAAACUACUUCUCAUCAUUUUAAGCCUGUCGAUGCAUUCCGUCACAUCUGUUAAUGGUGCGGGCGCUAUUUAAGCAGGGUUUUUAAAUGAUCAAUUGUAAGUAUAUAUUUUUGGCAGAACAUUCUUUUGCAAACUUUGUUGAACUAUUUCUAUUUUAAAGUGCUCUGGAAUGGAGCAUAAAAAGAAGAAGAAAGUAGAACCUCUGUUAUGUGCAAUUACUAGCUUUCCUAGCACAUAGAAACAUGGGCUGUAACAACUUCAUUAUUAUGGGAGUUAAUUAUGAAAAGACUUUUCCUGUACAGCCUCAUGUGGAAGCACUGCAAAUUCAUAGGUAUCAGCCAUGGUAAAAUUCUUAUUUGAUUAUGCAGUUUAUUAUCAAAGAUGAGUUUCCCUGCAGUGGGGGAUUCUUUAUAACGUGUGUAAGGUGCCAUCAAGUUGCAGUUGAUUUAUAGUGACCCAAUAGGGAAUAUACAAUUUCAGCUAUAGGCGAAAUCUACUAAUUUAGUGUGAGAGAAACUUCUCUUGCUUCUGAGUGAUCAAAGAAAUCCUAGGAGGCUUUGACAAUUGAUUGACAUCCAUUAGGAAAAAAUACUUGAACUGAAAAAUUUUGAUUAGGAAAAAAACAAAUUGUGUGAUGUAUAGGUUAUAUUUAAAAGCAUUAUGUGUAAAAUAUUUUAUUGGAAUGAUACUGCAAAGAUUUAAAGACAAUAUAGCAUGUAUUUCCCUUACACAGAUAAAAUUUAAGGGGAGAAAAUGAAGGCACUGACAUUGACACAGUAGUCCUCUCAUUGAACUGCAUGAUAUGCCCUGGAUGUGAUUGUCCACCUGUGGAUGUCAGUGGGGCACCUCAUCACUUGCAUUACUUGCCAAUUCCAUAACAGAUUGGUGAUGAUAAUAUCCGUUUCACCAUGUAAGAAGGGACAUAUAAAUGGGCAUUUUAGCUUUGGUUUUGUUUGGACCUGCAUAGUCAAUCAGUUGAAUUCAUUGCUUGAUUUUUAUUUUGAUGAUUAUUGUGUGUUUAUGAUUUCAUUCCCCCACCCCCAGUUUACAAAUCAAUAAAACAUGCAUAGUACUCUCUCACACAUAAUUCCUAGGUACAGUCACUUGUGAAACAUUAAUAACCAUUUUUAAGUUGUUGAUCCUGUCUAAUAUUGUAUUGGCAAUUGCAUCAAUUCAUUGUUACUAAUACUAAGAAACAAUGAAUCUUUAGAAAUGGAAAAUUCAUGAGAAAAUAAGGCACUAGAAAAAAUUCCAUUUGAAACAUUGUAGUUUAUAAGGGUUCGUUUCCCCUGAACUGCUUCUGUUGCUGUUCCCAGGGUAGCAGUUUUGGGGGCACAGGAGGUGGUAGAAGAUGCAGAGAGUCAGGACAGAAAUGUUCUGGAAGCAAAACUCGGUUUGCAGUUCUUAGAAUCCAACCCAUUGUACUAGGAAGCCUUUAGCAAUAGUUGCAUUGAAAUUAAUGGGAUUUGUGUAGCUUUCACUUAUUUUAGUAGGAGUGGUGUAGCUAACUUAGAUAAACGUGAAAUGCCAGUCAAACUGUCAAGAGCGUAUACAAAUAGAAGUAAUUUUUAAAAAUAGGACUUCAUGGGAGAUAAUGCUGAAUUCCCUCUUUUACUUUUGUGUGAUUACUAUGUGACUGUUGGUUUUAAAAAGACUUUUACCCCUCCCCCCAUUUUUAAAGAGUUCAAAAGUAAUUUAUGGCAAUUAAUCAAGAAAAUUAGCCUAUCAAAUUCAAAACUUUAUCUCCAGUAUGAAACAGAAACUCAUUAGGAAGACAAGAAUAUAUUAAUUGCACACUUAGAACUCCAAACUGGAUUUAAACUGGCUUAGUUCCCUGGAAAUAAAAGGAGACCAAGGUAGAUUAUUCUUCUCUGGAUUGUCUUGAUGGAUUUUCUUGAUUUUCUUUUCCUUAUAGGAAUAUAAUUUUCAGUAACAUUUUAAGGAAAUUGAGUCCUAAACUCUGUAAAGUCUAAGAUGAAUACCCUCAGUAGUUUCCAUGGCUGCCACACUUAGCUAAAUUCUUACAGAAGUUUUGCAUUUUAGUUAGAGCUGUUUUUUCCUAAUCAAGAAAUUGCACCUUUAAUAGUAUGGUAGGUAGAAAUUCUGCAGAGAAAGAUUUCAGACACAUGCUUUCUUCUAACAGAGAUGGAUGAACGCCUUGCUCAGCCCUCUUUUGUGUGUGUGUAAAUAAAUAAAGCAGGCACAUGUAUUCCCACAUUGUUAUUAAGAGCUGUGUAAAUUGCUUGCAGGAGCAUUCUGAUGCUCGGAAGAUAGAAAGUGGCCCUGAAGAGUAGUUCUGUGUUCUUCCAGCAGGGUGCUCUGCAGGCUAACAUUCUGCACGCGAGAGAAGGGAAUCUUGCAAAAGGGCUUAAUGGCAAGUGUAAAUGAAGUUAGACUGAUUCUGGAAGACCGGAGGAAGCAUUUUCCUUGUGGUUCUUCAUAUAUUGUGGUAGAAUACAAUUCAGGUCUUGAUUUCUUUUAUAAAUAAAUUUCUAAGAGUACCAUACUACAGGAGACUAGCACUGGAGAACUGAACCACCCUGGCUGUUUUUGCUUUUCUUUUCAAAUCUGCAGUAGUGCUAGAAAAAAAAUUGUUUUGCCAACUGCAAGUGUUAUGGUUCAUGCUUUAUGUAUACCUUGAAGAGCUGGCAUAAAUGCAAUACUUCCCAUCCCGAGGUAGGGAAGGAAGAGGAGAAAACAGAUUGAGGCUUUUAGUAAAGAAAGAAAUCACCUGCACCUUUGCAGUGGCAUCCUAAACAGACUUAGACCCCUCUAAGCCCACCAACAUCAAUGGAUUUAGAGGGGUAUAACUGCUCAGAAUGGCACUGCUAGUCUUGUGCUCUGAAUGGUGAAAGGAUUCCAACUCCAGGUUCCCAGUGUGGCUUUGCCAUGUUAAAGUUGUGGUUGCCAGUUGCAUUUUAGCUCCUUGGUGUCAGCAUGUUCAAGAUUCACAGCUGAUAUAGUGGUUCUCUUUAUGGGUUCUACCUCAUGCAGAAGUGCCUAUUAAAUGGAAGAAGCUGAGUUUCUACCUCCAAGCCUCUUAACUUUCAAAUGCUAAGAAGACGUUGCCAGCAGGAGUGAUAGAAGUUGAGAUUUUUGGAACCCAUCUUUAUAUUAACAACAGGGCGCUAUGGAAAUUAAUAUCCACAAACCUUCAGUUAUAAACCCAACAUGUUUCUUGAUUUAUCUUUUGACUCUUACAGAUGCUGUUUAUAGCAGUUUCUGUUACUUCUAGCACAGUUAAUGCACUAUAAAUCCUGGCAUUUAACAACUUAACAGAUUUUACAUUUUAAAUGUGUGCCCUUUAGUAAGUAAUAUUGCGCUAAUUAUAAUCUUGAAUUUACAAGACUGGUAAACUAUAAAUGAUGAGUCUAAAUUUUGCUUGUGAUGUUCUCAACUGGAACAAUUUCCCUUUUUAAUCACACCAUCACUGUUUUAGUUAGAGUGGCUUGUAUCCUGCUAUCCAGUUAUUUCGACAAAAUGGCAUUUCCAUCUACAGAGGGAGUGGCAGUGCCCCAUCCCACUAUGUCCCUCUGCUGUUCCUGAAGGUCUGUUAGCUCUUCCAGAGACAAAAUUUCAGGGAGCUGCAGCAGGAGAAAGAAAUUGAAAAGUCCCAAUCUGUGAAGACCAUGGAUGAUUGAAGAUACACCGGUAUUUUAUUGUGCCUUUUAUUGUGUUUGCUUUCUGACAAAAAGACCAAGAGGGUAGUGUAGGACAAAACCCAAAAUAAUACAUAAAUGGGCCUAUUGGUUUUUCGUGGAGACACUAUCCCUCUGACACAGCAUGUUAUAUACCUUCAGCAUAGCCUACAGUAACAUUGUAAUUUAUGCAGUGUAUACUCCACCAGGUGCAACCAUACGCUAUUUAAGAACCAUUUUGCCCUGAGAGGAGGGGAGAAAGGACAGGAUUCCUUCCAUCCCCAGUUGCCACUAUAGGACUGCUAUCUUGAGAUAAGGGAAGGUGGAACAGCCUGUCAGAUAAUAUGACUGAAAGAGCAGGUGAGAACAUCUAUUAAACUCUUAAUAAGACUAUGACAUGGAUGGAAAGUAGCUGCCUCAAGCAAUGUUUGUGAACCCUCUGGUGGAAAGUAUUCUUUGCAUUUUUAUUGUAUUAUCGCCUUAGAGAAGUGGUUCAUAACUACAGAAAAUUACUAAUGAAAAGGAGAUUGGAAAGCCAUAUAAAUAACAAGGUAUCAAACAAGCAUAUCUUUAAUCUGGGGUAUAAUUAUUCUGUAGUCUGUAACUCAGACCCACCCACCCUCAUACACACACAUAUGGAGAGGCAUGUUGUUUCUAGCACACACCUAUCAUUGCAGUGUUGUUGUUUUUUUAAAGUAUUUGAUUGUACUUCUUGAACAAUUGUGAACUUUAACAUAACUCAGGUCUGGAUUUGGUAGCCGUGAAUGUAUUUAAGGGGGGAUUUAAAAUGAAAUUAGACAUUACAAGUGAGAUGGAGCUGCCACCUCACCAUGUAAACUUUCUAUCUUCCCAUAACACUAUGUGUCAUGUCAUUCUGCUAUACAUUUUCCCAUCCACCACCUCCUUACAUCAUUGCCUGGCACAUGCAGGAGAAUUCAAAGCAUAAUGACAUCACAUCAUACACUAUGUUCUACUACAUAUUACUGGCAAGAGGAGACGACAAAAAGAAGACAACAUAUGUCUCUUUCAGUGCCUUUGUGAUUACUGUCUCCAUCAUUAUCAGAGCAUUGCACUUUAGAAGGGGAAGAUUGUCAGCAAUGCAUUCUGGGUUUUUAAAUACACACGCUCUCGCUCUUGCUCUCGCUCUCUCUUGGUUCAGGAGUAUAUAUUACUUUUAUAAAGAUCCAGGCAACAAAAGAAGCACAAAUGAGAGAAUGAUGUAAGCUGUUUGUGUCCUCACUGAGGAGAAAGGUAAGUGAGGGAACUUGCCAUGAAGAUCUUGAAUAAACUGGUAAACAGAUCUGCCCAACUGAUCAAAUUUUCCUUCCUUUUGAUAGGUAAAAUCGGGGUAUUAUAAGGGGAACCAUGUGGAAGUUUCACGAAAUCAUUUUGUUGUAAGUGAAGUAAAUAAAUAUCUUUAAAAAUAAGACAGUUAACAGUUCCAAACUAAAAGUCAAUAUGUUCAUUUGAAAACAAAUUUACUUUUGAACCACUGUAAUCCAAAUUCUGCCCCCAUGAAAUACUGGGUUCUGAAAUGUGUAUAAAUUACAGAAGGGCUAUCAAAAGUGGAGUGCCGUCUUUGCAUGCGUAAUACUUGAAGAUCAAUUCCUGGCACCUUCAGUUAAAGGGUUUCAGGCAGCAGUUGUUUGAAAAGACCCUGCUUGACUUAAGACGCUGAAAUACCGCUGCCAGUUGAAGUAUGUUGGCCUAGAUGGACCAAAGGUCUGACACAAUGUAAGACAUGUUAAUAUGCAGGUAAGCAUGUGCAUAUAUUUGCUUAAUAUUGCUCAUCUUCUUGUGCUAGUCUUGGGGAUGGAGAAACUACUUCACAAGGCACUAAGGUGACAUGACUUGUUUUAACCACUUCAUGUUUUCUGUAGGCACCUUUUCAAGGUGAUGAUAGCUUUCCAAGAAUCGAAAUAAUGUCCCAAGGCAAUACAGCCCUUAAAUUAAGUACACAGUGCUGAUCUCUUGAUAGGGCUAUCUAUCGACAUAAACCUAGGUGUCAUAGUAUAGCUUUGGUUGCAGAGUCUGGCAAGCUGUUUACCAUGAUAGUAAUUUUACAUCCCUGGCCAUAUUGCUAAUUCCAAAGCUGCAAUAAUACAUCUUCUAAAGUACAUUUUUUUUAAGUUAUAGAAUAUUUCACUAUGUAGUCUGUAAUGAUCUGUGCUGGAGUGUAAGCAAGAAUAAAAAUGGCCAUUGUGUGCAAGGUAUCAAACAUGAUAGGAUUUGCUCUUUUUUCUAAACAGAAAUGUGUGUGAUUAUUUUUCUCUAUAAAGCCUUAAAAUUGCAGUAUGUUUAUGAAGGGACAUUCUUGCGUAAUGUAGCUUUCUUGUCUGAUACCUGAUUUUCUUAAUUAACUGUAAAGUGAUAAAGGAAAGGAGCAUGAAUGUCUGACAAAUGUUACAGAGGGGUCCUCUUUCUCUUGCUGCUGGGAGGUGUGCAAACCAGCACAUGCUGCUGCUAUUCAGCUGCCAUCCACUUUUCUGGGGGUUGUCAGAUAUCAAGGGAUGGAGGGAUAGAAGUAAUUGUAGUAUUGAGCUGGCAGAAUAAAUGAAACAAAGUGCUUCCCCCUCCCCCUCCCCGUGAGGUUGUAUGAAUAUAUUUUCACAUUAGCACUCUGUAGAUGUCUGAUAAGCCUAGGCUUUCAAGAAACCCAGGGAGAAACAGUUCUAGGUUUUACCAUGGGGUAAAAAAUUCAAACUCUUAUGAUCCAAGGGUUUGAUUCUUUUAUUACCUGAAUGUCUAUUAUUAUUGAUUCUUUUAUUACCUGAAUGUCUUUGUAUAAUUUACCAUUUAGCUACUCUUAAUAUACAGGUGCAUUAUAUCAAAUAUAAGUCAUAUAGAAAGCAGAUACUUUAUAGGCCAGAACAAUUUGAUGGUUUGGAUCCUAUAAGAUCCACACUCAGAGCUUACAGAGUGGGACUUUCCCACCUCCCCACUUACAUGCGCUCAACCUCCUGAAAUUCUGUUGCUGGGGGCAGAGGACCUUCAUCAACAGUACAGGGGGGAGAAGUGGGGAUCUGUAAUAGGAGAGGAGAUGCUUUAACUGGAGGUGCCAGGGAAUUAAGCUGGGAUCUUAACAUUAGUGAAACAGGUUGUGGGAUCCAAGCCAUUACUUCUUGUGGAGCCCAGAGGUUUGAAAAUGAUGUUCUUUCUUUGUCAACAAAAACAUCUAUUUCCUGUAUGUAUAGAACAUCUGUUAUCAGCUUUCCCUUUUUGACAGUCUCGUAAGCAUAACCAUCAAGAGAUAAGAGUAUUUUAUUUCUCCCACAUUUUACACUACUUUUAUAUCUCUGUGAAUGUGAACUACUACCAGAUAGAAUUGAGCAUCAGAAAAUAGCCUUCUUCCCUUAUCAGCAAUACGAAAUGCCAUGUAGAAAGCAGUGUGCAUUUGUGAACUAGGCAGGAAGCAGCAAGAAAGUGGGAAGGAUGCAAGCAAUGUCCUCUGGUUCCUUGUACUAGUAAAAGAACCCAUAUUCCCAGGUCUAACAAGGCUGUUGCUUUGGAGCCACUGUACUGUCACAGGGAUCAUGGGGGACUCUGGCCUGGUCUCUCCAACCCCAUCAUAUUAAUUUAAUGUAACAUUAAAAUCCUACUUGUAAUACCACUCUUGAAACAAUAUCCCAAGAAAAUCAAGUGAACCUAACUUUGUAAUACCAAAGUGCUGUAACAUCCUGACCAAAUAACGUUUUGUGAAUAUCUGUAUUUUUUACUGGGAAGAUCAACCGAAGUGCAAGAAAAAAACCCAAAGAAUGAAUGAAUGUUAUCAAGUGUAUAUCUGGUACUGUUAAAUUCCAGCUGCUUAAGAUUUUAUGCUUUUCUAAUAAGUCUUGAAGGAGCUUUGGACAGAUGAGACA